UGAAAAAACCUUGACAAACAUCUUUACUUUCUCUCUCCUGUUUUCUUCCGCCCCCCCUCCCCAUUCUUCAUACUCUCACGAUUCACGAAUAAACUAAUUAAAAUUAAAGGGAAAAACAUCUUUUUAUUCACCUCUCGUUUUUCCCUCUUUCAGAUCUUCAAAUUCGUUUAUUUCAAUCCAAGAGUUUCGCUUGGAAACCUAAUUUUUACCUCCGAUUAUCGCCGAUUCAUCGGAGAACACCUCGAUUUGCUGGAAAUUUAUCAGAAGUUUGGAGGAUUUAGCAUAAUUGAAUUUUCUAGGGUUUGAAUUAGAGGAGAGAGAGAGGGAGAGUGUGAUUGAAGAGAUUGAUAUGAGAUUUGAUGGAUGAAGAACGAUGCCGGAGCUGCGUAGUGGAGCGCGCAGAGGCCGAGCGUCGACAAAUCCUAGAACAAACAACAACAACCAGGAGGAGAUUGGCGGCCAGAAAGCGACGGUAGGGAGGACACGUGGACGGCGUGGAGGAGCUGUAGCAGGAGGUAGGGGAAACAAAGGAGGGAGUCGAGGUAGGGGGAGGAGGAAUAAUCAGCAACCGGCGGCGGCGGUUGGUGGUGGCGGUGACGGUUGUGAAGGUGAGGCUGAUGAGAAGGUUGUAGGACAAGUUAAGGAAUCAAGCCGUAAAACAGCGUCGUUGAAGGCUAAAGAAGCUGCCGCAGAAGAAGUUGGUGUGAGAAAAGAGAUAGGAGAGGAAGAGAUGGAUGAGUAUGAUAGUGGCGGCAAUGCUGCCGGAAGAAGCGGUGAUAAAGGUUUGAAUGACGAUGAUGGUUCCACUCCCCUUCCUGAGAAGGUUCAAGUGGGGGGUUCUCCUGCUUACAAAGUCGAUAGAAAGCUAGGGAAAGGUGGUUUUGGACAAGUUUAUGUUGGUAGACGUUCUGGCGGUAACACAAGUGAAAGAAAUGGACCUGGGGCUUAUGAGGUAGCUCUGAAGUUUGAGCACAGGAGUAGCAAAGGUUGUAAUUAUGGACCUCCAUAUGAGUGGCAAGUUUACAACGCUCUUGGUGGUAGUCAUGGAGUUCCACGAGUGCAUUACAAGGGUCGGCAAGGGGACUACUAUGUCAUGGUCAUGGAUAUUCUAGGACCUAGCCUUUGGGAUGUCUGGAAUAACAAUUCUCAUUCGAUGUCAAUUGAAAUGGUUGCGUGCAUUGCAAUUGAAGCAAUCUCGAUUUUAGAGAAAAUGCACUCCAGGGGUUAUGUGCAUGGAGAUGUAAAACCUGAGAAUUUUUUGCUUGGCCCCCCUGGAACUCCUGAAGAGAAAAAAUUGUUUCUUGUUGAUCUUGGAUUAGCUACUAAAUGGAGAGAUAGUACAACUGGGUUGCAUGUUGAAUAUGAUCAACGACCUGAUGUUUUCAGGGGGACAGUUCGAUAUGCUAGUGUUCAUGCUCAUCUUGGAAGGACAGGAAGCAGGAGGGAUGACUUGGAGUCACUGGCAUACACGCUUGUUUUUCUUCUGCGUGGUCGGCUUCCUUGGCAGGGAUAUCAGGGGGAGAACAAGGGCUUCCUUGUGUGCAAGAAGAAGAUGGCAACGUCUCCAGAAACGUUAUGCUGUUUCUGUCCCCAACCUUUCCGGCAUUUCGUGGAUUAUGUUGUGAACUUAAAGUUUGAUGAAGAGCCAAACUACGCAAAGUAUGUUUCUCUAUUUGAUGGGAUUGUUGGGCCAAAUCCUGACAUCAGACCCAUUAAUACUGAUGGUGCUCAGAAGUUGAUAUUCCAAGUGGGGCAUAAGAGAGGACGUUUGACAAUGGAGGAGGAUGACGAUGAGCAACCAAAGAAGAAGAUUCGAAUGGGUAUGCCUGCUACUCAAUGGAUUAGUGUUUACAAUGCCCGUAGGCCAAUGAAGCAAAGGUAUCACUACAACGUUGCAGAUAUCAGGCUUUCUCAGCAUAUUGACAAAGGAAAUGAAGAUGGCUUGUUUAUAAGCAGUGUUGCAUCUUGUUCAAGUCUCUGGGCGUUAAUAAUGGAUGCUGGCACUGGCUUUUCUGCACAAGUUUAUGAACUUUCCCCACAUUUCCUUCACAAGGAAUGGAUAAUGGAACAGUGGGAGAAGAACUUCUACAUUAGUUCGAUAGCAGGAGCAGCGAAUGGGAGCUCCUUAGUAGUCAUGUCUAAGGGUACUCAGUACUUACAGCAGUCUUAUAAAGUUAGUGAUGCAUUCCCUUUCAAGUGGAUAAACAAAAAGUGGCGAGAGGGUUUCUAUGUCACCUCCAUGGCUACUGCUGGAAGUAGAUGGGCAGUUGUGAUGUCCCGUGGUGCAGGGUAUUCUGAUCAGGUUGUAGAGCUCGAUUUUCUAUACCCUAGUGAGGGUGUUCACCGAAGAUGGGAUGGUGGUUAUCGCAUCACCUCAACAGCAGCAACUUUUGACCAGUCUGCUUUAGUUCUUAGUAUCCCGAGAAGAAAGCCUAAUGAUGAAACCCAAGAAACUCUUCGGACUUCAGCGUUUCCUAGUACACAUGUCAAGGAGAAAUGGGCCAAAAAUCUGUACAUUGCCUCAAUCUGUUAUGGAAGAACCGUCUCUUGAGCUGCUAACAAUUUGUCGAAUACAUAACCUAGUAGGUGCUGUUUGAAGGAUGCUGUGCACUAGCUCUUUCUAGUGUCCUCCAGCAUGGAAAAGCAAAAAGCACAUUUUGAGGUUGCUGUGGCAGUUGGCGUCUCUAUGUUUGCGAAACUAAAUCGUCAUGUUUUCAUCGAGUCUGCUAUUGAUACCUGUGCACUUCAUGUGCUGCAAUUUAUUGUUGGGAUUAUGUCUAUGAAAUUUCAUAUGCGGUGGGAUAGAGGCAUUCUGAAGAGUUUGUAUAGUCUUUGAUCUUUAGUACUGAGUUAGUGUAGUGUGUGCACAGGUCAUAUUUUGAUUGUUAAAACUUUAUGGGCAUUGUGCAAUUAAAGAUUAUACAAGAGCCUGUACUGUUUUAUCCAUUCGCAGUGUCUUGAACCUGAGAUUAGUCUUGUACUGUUCAGUUGUGGCUCACAAGAAGACUGACUAUUGAUUGUGUUAUCAACUAGAUGAGUAGAUAUUUUUUUUGCUCCUA